AUGGGUAUCGGCAACCUCAUGGCCAUGCCUCUCGCCUUGACGAUCGGGCGACGACCAAUUUUCUUGUUCACGCUAGUCGUACUAAUUGCCGGUGGUAUCUGGUGUGCCUGCUCAAAGGACCUCGGCAGUCACAUUGCUGGACGUGCCGUCAUGGCGCUUGCUGCUGGCCAAAGUGAAGCACUGGCGCCCAUGAUCGUGCAAGAGAUCUUCUUUUUACAUGAACGUGGCCGAAAGUUGUCCUGGUUCAUCUUCAUCGAGACUGUCACUCAGGGUACCUUCUUCAUCGUCUCAACAUACAUGGUCUCUGCUUGGGGCUGGCGAUGGUGGUACGGCUUUUACUGCAUCCUUAACGCUGUCGUCUUGGCGUUCUCCUUUGUCUUCCUAUCGGAAUCCAUGUACAGCCGGCCAGAUGAUGCUCCUACGGGUGAAGUACAUCUUUCAUUAAACGACAAGGGUGACAUCGAAGAGGGAGGCGAGAUCCACAUCAUCGCAAGGGUUACCACAGCACACGGCGUUGUUCUCGAGCCAGAAAAGUUUGGCAACAGGACCUGGAAGAAAGACCUUCGCAUCUUCGGCAUCAAGCCAGAGUGGUCCAAUAUCUUAAGCACCUAUCUUCAUAUUGCUCAGGGCUUCUGCAUACCAACGCUUUUCUGGCUACUGCUUAUGAACGGCGCGUGGCUCGGCAUAUACGUCUUCGAAGCCUCGACCUUCGCCACCAUCCUGAUCCCGCCUCCUUACAACUUUUCGUUCAACGCUCUCGGACCAGUUCAAGCAGGGCAGGUGGUGGUCUGCUUCAUCUUCUUGCCCGUCCUUGGCUACGGCAGCGACUUCAUCAUCAGGUUCAUGUCAAAGCGGAACGGUGGUGUCUUUAAGCCGGAGUAUCGCCUCAUUCCGCUAUUCAUCCCUGCCAUCGUGGGUUGUGUCUGCGCCAUCAUCUACGGGCAAGCGGCAUCCUACAAGGCAACCUGGCCGGCGAGCGCGAUCGUCGUUACUUACAACGCUAGCUUUUUCGCCUUCCUCGGCGCCAACCUGGUCGGCAUCACUUAUGCCGUCGAGAGCUUUCCACUUCGGGCGGCUCCUCUAUUGGUCGUACUGUGCGCUGGCAGAGGUUUCAUCUCAUUCGGGCUCAGCUACGCAACGCUUCCAGCUAUCCAGAGCAUCGGAUAUUCGGGAGCCAUGAACGCGGAGGGCAUCAUUGCUGGUGUCCUGUCCUUGCUGGCGAUCCCGGUCUACUUCUUUGGGCCACGGAUUCGGGCUUGGGCCCAGAGAGUGUUUGCCUUUGGCGGUUCGAAGGGGUCAGAUUAG